GUUAUCCAUGCUAAGAAGGCCUAUGACCUGCAGAGUGAUAAUUUCUACAAGUCAGACCUUGAGUGGAUGCGUGGCAUUGGUUGGGUCCCCAUUGGUUCCUUGGAUAUUGAAAAAGCCAAGAGGGCAGGACAGAUCUUGAGUGAUAAAGUGUACCGUCAGCCUCCAGACACCAUCAAGUUUACGAGUGUUACUGAUUCUCUGGAGAUGAACUUAGCUAAGCAUAAUGCAGAGAUGAUGAAUAAGCGUUUAUACACUGAAGCGUGGAAUAAAGAUAAGGCCACAAUUCAUGUCAUGCCUGACACACCAGAAAUUAUGCUAGCUAAACAAAACCAGCUACACUACAGUCAGGUGAGUGAAUCUGAAGAACCUAGAAAGUUCAAUUUAUUUACCUCUGAAUUUCACUUAAUAUUAUAUUGUUACCAACAUGCUAAGAAGGCCUAUGACCUGCAGAGUGAUAAUUUCUACAAGUCAGACCUUGAGUGGAUGCGUGGCAUUGGUUGGGUCCCCAUUGGUUCCUUGGAUAUUGAAAAAGCCAAGAGGGCAGGACAGAUCUUGAGUGAUAAAGUGUACCGUCAGCCUCCAGACACCAUCAAGUUUACGAGUGUUACUGAUUCUCUGGAGAUGAACUUAGCUAAGCAUAAUGCAGAGAUGAUGAAUAAGCGUUUGUAUACUGAGGCCUGGGAUAAAGACAAGACAGAAGUUCACAUCAUGCCUGACACACCUGAAAUCAUACUGGCAAAACAGAAUAUGCAUAACUACAGUGAAAAACUGUACAAACAAGCCAUGGAAGAAGCAAAAAAGAAAGGCUAUGAUUUGAGAAGUGAUGCUAUCCCAAUUCAGGCUGCCAAAGCAUCCAGGCAAAUUGCCAGUGAUUACAAGUAUAAAGAAGAGUAUCGCAAGCAGCUUGGCCACCACAUUGGAGCCCGCAACAUAGAGGACGAUCCCAAGAUGAUGUGGUCGAUGCACGUAGCCAAGAUCCAGAGUGACAGGGAGUACAAGAAAGCCUUUGAGAAGACCAAGACGCACUUCAGCAGCCCCGUGGACAUGCUGGGAAUCGUGUUGGCCAAGAAAUGUCAGGAGCUGGUCAGCGAUGUUGAUUACCGCCACUAUCUGCAUCAGUGGAUCUGCCUGCCGGACCAGAAUGAUGUUAUCCAUGCUAAGAAGGCCUAUGACCUGCAGAGUGAUAAUUUCUACAAGUCAGACCUUGAGUGGAUGCGCGGCAUUGGUUGGGUCCCCAUUGGUUCCUUGGGUAUUGAAAAAGCCAAGAGGGCAGGACAGAUCUUGAGUGAUAAAGUGUACCGUCAGCCUCCAGACACCAUCAAGUUUACGAGUGUUACUGAUUCUCUGGAGAUGAACUUAGCUAAGCAUAAUGCGGAGAUGAUGAAUAAGGUGAGUCCUAAUUCAAUUCAUGACAGGGAGUACAAGAAAGCCUUUGAGAAGACCAAGACGCACUUCAGCAGCCCCGUGGACAUGCUGGGAAUCGUGUUGGCCAAGAAAUGUCAGGAGCUGGUCAGCGAUGUUGAUUACAAGCAUCUUCUGCAUCGGUGGACCUGUCUGCCGGACCAGAACGAUGUUGUACAAGCCCGGAAAGUGUACGACCUUCAGAGUGAUAAUGUGUACAAGUCUGACCUGCAGUGGCUGAGAGGCAUUGGUUGGUCCCCAAUUGGUUCCCUGGAUGAAGAGAAGAACAAGCGAGCGAGCAUGAUCCUGAGUGACAAGAAGUACCGACAGCACCCGGACACCAUCAAGUUCACGAGCCUUCCUGACUCCAUGCCUAUGGUUCUGGCAAAGCACAACUCUGACAUUAUGAACCAUGUGAGAUUUCUUUGUGUUUGCAACCUGGAGGAGUUUUCCCUGCCUUUAGGGGGACUGUUAUUUUUGGGAGGGCAUACAUGUGGGAAUGAUGUAGUAUCCACAGUAGAGGAAGACAGAGUUAGGGAUGGCUUACCCCGCUGGGAUGUAUAUGGUUUCAGGGAAUCAGAGGGGGUGGAUCAGGGGUGCUGA